CAAGUGCUGCAAAACACAACAACAAAUCCAAAGUGUUCUCUUCGGUUCGGAAUUUUUUCUCAUGUGCCUACUGUGCAAUUAAACAAUUUCGCCCGCUUACAGGCAGCUGUAAGAUAAUGAGAGCGCAGUUGUUAGUUUGGGCAGCCUAUUAAUUCUGAGUUUUAGUGCGCGGCAGUGUGUUUUGUUCUUUUCGAUUGUCAAAAACCAAAGCAAAAAGAAAAAACGCCGAGAAGGUCAGAAAAAUGUACACAGGCGCAUAUCUGCGGCCGUGUGUGUGUUCGUGCGUGCGUGUGAGUGCGCAGAAAGUUAUACAGCUGUCAUCGACUGGCUUAUUUAUCAAUAAAUAACCACUGUAACCGUCAGAAAACGCCAGUUACUGGGUAAAUGCGUAUAUAAGUAUGGACAGGAAUGGUCAACAUUUCAAGAAAUUGACGAAACAAUUGGAAAAUUGGUGAAAAAACUAUGAUCCGUGCGCAAACAUAUCCGUAUUUCGUACUCAUGGCGAUUCCUGGUUGCUGAGCAGGCGUACAAUCCCCGCAGGACUUUUGAGGAUUUCCGCCUAGGACCUACGUAAAUGCCACGGGCAGAGAUUCGGGGAGGAGGAGCCACUGACGACAGGCCUGUCAAGUGCAGCAGGAGUCCCGAGUGAUACGCAAUAGGUGGGCGCCCCCAACAUAGAAUUCCAUUUGAAAUUGGAGGGUCCUGGGUCCGCAGCCAAGAGAAUCUAGCGGCAGAGCGCUAGUAGCCGCGGUGGUGGCCAUACGACGGCCGGGCUACUGACCUUCCUUGGAAGCCCAGAGUAAGGAGCAAUCAGAGCAACAGCUUAUUCGACAAAUUCGAAUGGCAUUUGUUUGUUUCGCUAGUUGCAUGCUACCAAACAAAAAAAGAUGAACAAUGAACAAACGCCGUCAACAUCGGACACAUCGGCGGAGCGUGUGGGUUCCGGUGGGUCAGCUGGAGCAGCUGGCAAGCUGCCCACGAUCAUACCGGACACGCCUAUCGUUUCGAUUGCCGCUGGCACGAUGAGCGAGAGCACCACCACGACCACGGCCACCAAAACGACGCCGACGCCCGUUCUGCAGGAGCAGUUCGAUAGUAUGGUGGCGUUCAUGAAAGCUACGAUUGACGAGAUAAGAGGCGAAAGCCAGGCGUUCUCGGCCGAAUCUACCAACCAUGUAGUCGGUAUCAGAGGCAGCGAGGUCAAAAAGUCAUCGUCACCUAGUAAUAGCUGUAGCACUGCUAGCCACGCUUCAGCGCCAGAAGCUGCUAAGGAUUCAGCAGCGCCAAAAGCAGAAGCAGAUGGAGACUCAUCCUUUUCGCAGGUCUUCGCUAUGCUAGGGGAUACGCCCAACACGGAACUGUCGCGACCAAAUCGUAGAGUCCUCCAGUACGGGGCCACUGCCAAGGGUAAGACCCAGGACGAUCAGAAUGUCGGCAAGCGACAGAAAAAGAAAAAGACAAAAUACGAUACCUGGGAGGAUAGCGAUUUUAAUGAUCUCGACGACGCAUCAUUAAAGAAACUUCUCGAGGAGGCCUAUUGGUAUCGGAACCCUGGCGACAGGAAGAACAAGAGCGAGCGAUUUCUGCAAAUGUUAAAAAAGGCUGAGUACGACGAAGAGAUCUCUUAUCGUGCCAUCAAAUCCUGCCUCGCACUCACCCCAUCCGCAUUAGCGUGCACGGCGGCAGCAGCGGGCUCGAGCGGCGGGAGCAGCAGCAGUGCGGGGCACAACAGCAGCGGCUACCACUCCAGCAACCACCGGUCGACGGACCACACCCAGCGGCACAAGCAAGGGGGCUCCCUGCAGGAUCUCGUCGAGGCAGCGCACCGCAGCGAGCUGGCCACCACAUCCGCGGCGGCGGCUGCAGCGACGGCGGCAACAACGGCAGCAACCCAACGUUUCAACUGUGAUUACCAGCUGAGUGGCCGCUCGAAUCGCCGCCAGCAGCAGCAGCAGCAGCAUCAGCAGCACAACCAAAACGCCACCUCCUCCGCAUCCAAGAAGAUCAAGAACUCAUCCGUCUCGGGCCGGCAGCGCGAAGGAGGCAGCCUGCCCAGCAGCGUUAACUUUGAGCCGUCAGCUGCCAUGGAUGCCAAGCAGCACAAGCAGCCAGCAGUCUCAUCCGACACUGCCGGUGGUUCGGCCAACAAAAGCCAUAAUCGAAGCAGCACCGGCAGCUGCAGCAGCCUGCCCAGCCAUCUGGGUGAACGCGAUCCCGAGGCGGGCAUCCCGUUUGACAUGGACGAGGAUGAGGCGACGGGCGCCGGCAUAAGCGGCGUCCAACAUGACUACCUGUUGGAGCAAUUGGAGCCGCAGAAUGCCUCGAUGAAGUUCCUGCUCGACUCCCUCAGCGGCCAGCAGAAGCCGCCGGCCGAGGCGAAAGAAGCCGGUGCCGCCAAAGAGUUCCUUAUCGACGACCCGCUCCACUUCUCCGUUUUGGAGGAGGCAAAGAACAAGUUGCAGCUGCAGGCGCACUACCUGGCCGCCCUCACUGGACAGUUCGGGUUCGGAUUGGAGGAGCAGAAGCGCAAGGUGGAGGCCGGCUAUGUGUCGCUCAACGACAACUACACGGCCUGCUCCUCAGUUUACGGCGGCGGCGCUGGUUCGCCGGCUGCCAUCGAGGGCGGCAAGCCCUCGACCUCCUCGGCCUCGUCCUCGGGCGCCAGCAACAGCGGCGCCUCUUCCGACACCCUCGCCGGCGAUCUGCGUCCCGCGAAGAUUGGACGGAUGGUUCCUACCUCAACUUCGGCAGCGGCUGCGUCGAUGGGUGGCAAGGCCACUGCGCGUCAGCUAGACGAGAAUGGAAACGCGCUGAGCGACGGCUACGGUGGCAAUGGCGCCAGCGGAGUGUCCACCACCAGCAGCAACGGCAGCAAUGGCAACGGCAACGGCAACGGCAAUGCCAAUGGCAAUGGCAACCAGUUCACGGCCUUAAUAACGACCACGGUGGGCGCCAGUGCACCCACCUCGUCGGCUGCCCACCGCCAGAACAGCGUUUCCACGCUGCUCUCCACGGGCACCAACACCACGACCACUGCGAUGGCGGCGGCAGCGGUGGCUGCGUCCUACAGCCAGCUGCAGCAGGCUCCGGGAGGCGGGGCCGUGGGAUCCGGGCCCGGGAUCGGCAUCGGCCUGCAGCAGCAGCAGCCCACCAAGCAGAAGGCCAAGAAGAAGUCGCAGCAGGAGCGCAACACCACCACCGUGGAUGUGGAGUCGGUGGCCGGUUAUCGCGGCAACGAUCCCGUCGAACAGCUGGUCAAGUACAUCGAGAACGACGUGAACGGCGGCGGAGGCGGUGGCAACAGCGCGGCGGGCCAACGCAAGAAGGAGCGCAAGAAGCAGAACAAGCUCAAGAAAAGCAACUCGCUGGAGGAGCUGCGCAGCUGCUCGAAAAUGGAGGUGGACGACCUGAAGCGCCAGUCGGCGACCACGGAGAUGAUGCGCCAGAAGAAGGGCACAAACAAUGCGCCCUCGGGCACAACAUCCUCCUCGGCGUCUGGCUCCGCGGGCAGCGGCAAGCACAACUCGGCCUCCGUUGCGGACAUCAGCAAAAACUGCGGCAAGGAGCAACAGCAACAGCAGCAGCAGCAGCAGCAGCAACAUCAGCAGUCGACGGUGCAAGUGCGCAGCAGCAACAAUGCGGGAACGCAGCAGCGGAAGGGCGAGCGGCGAUCGUGGGGCACCGAGGAGUUGCAGUACCUCGGCGACCACCAGGAGAUGUCCGCCGCUUGGUCGGAGCCGGAGACUCUGGGCCAGAGGCAGCUGCCGCUGGCGUUGCCGGCGCUGGCUCGCAUGUCCGAGCUGGAUGCCCUGAAUACCGUGCUGUCGGAGACCGCCGAAUUCCACGUUGUGACCAAGAAGAAGAAACCAAAGAAGCAGCGGGCCGUCACCAUGGAUGAUGCAGCGGUGGCGGCGGCCGCCAGCACAGGCGGCAAUCUCCAGCGCAUGCAACAGAUCACCAAGUCGGCCUCCUCCAGCAUGAUGUCGCAGCGGAUGCACUACUACACCCCGUACAACAACAACAAUAACAAUAACAACGGAGGAGGAGGCAGUGGCAGUGGCAGCUACAAGCAACAUCAGCAGCAACAAUACCAGGAGCACUACCAAGCGCAACAACAGGGGCAGCAGCACCAUCACCACCAUCACCACCACCAUCAUCACCAUCACGGCGGCUCGGCGUCGGCCAACCAGGUGGACAGCUCACGGCGCAAGUCCACGUCGUCGAUGCCGCCCUCGGAGAAGUCGGACUCCAGUGAUCUCGACUCGGUGCACUCGCUGCCCAUUCAGACCGGCAAGAAGAAGAGCCUGGGCGGCGGGAACAACAAGCAGCGGGCGGCUCAGGCCGCCAGUCACCGCCAGGCGAACAAGCAGAACAACAAUUCGCCGGCUCCCAUUUCGUAUGCGGACAUUGCCCGCAACAAGCAGGAGGCCCUGAACAAUGCCACCGCCAGCGACACCGAGUUGGAGCUCGGCGACAAGUUCCAGGGCAAGGGUGGCAGCAAGUACAAGUCGCGGCCCGACUUCCCGGAGCUGCCAGGUGCUGCCACGCCGUCCGGAGCUGCCUGCGGUAGCCACUCCGCCACUCCGUCGGCCACAGCCGUGGUCAACAGCCAAAAUACGGCGCCGUCCUCGUCCAGUUCGAUCAGCUACUCGCAGAGUCUGAACGCCACGCCCGCCAGCAGCAGCAGCGACGCGGAGUCCACCAACUCGCCGGAGAUGCAGCAAUUGCAAUCGCAGUCGCAAUCGCAUGUUCAUGUGAAUGUGGCGACCGCAGGCGGUAGCCUGGCCCCGUCGACCAUGACGGCGGCCACGAGUAGCAGUGCCAGCAGCUCGGCCGGCAGCAUCACUUCUUCCACGUCCUCCUCCUCGCCGCCGGCCCUGCAGAAGUCGAAGAGCGUGGAGCACGAUGCCAGCUACAGCUGCAACAGCAGCAAUCUGGACCAGCAGUAUCCGGCGCUGGAGAAGACCGUCAAGCGGCACAGCACGAGCAACGUGUCCGUGGCCGUCGCGGCCGCCUCCUCCGCCUCGUUGUACAACUUUGCAGCAGCCGCCAAGCAGCAGCUGGCGGAGAAGGGAAGCUCGGCCACAUCGCCGCCAUCAACAGCAGCAGCAGCAGCAGCUGCAACAACUACCUCAACCGCAGCGGCAGUCGCAGCUCCAGCGGCAGCUCCAGCUGCAGCCACUGUUCCUGGUUCGUCCUCCUCGUCAUUUGUAUCCUCAGCUCAAGCUCAAGCCGCGACUCAAGUGCCAUCUGCUGCGACUGCAGUUCCUGCGGUGGCAUUUUUGUCGUCGGCCAAGGCCAAGACCAAGCCCAAGGAGAUAUCUCCCAGCAGCAGCGCCAUCAGUAAGAAGACAGCGAAGCCUAGUCAAGAGGAGCCACCAGUCAGUCUGUCCACCACGCCCAAGGCGACCGCCAGCACUAGCACCACUACCACGCAGAAGUCAACGACUGCGACGCAGACGGAGGGAGCCAAGAAGUCGACCAGCGGCAUCCACAAGCUGCCCAGCAGCAGUUGCGGCACGGCCAAGGGAGCGGCCACCGUUUUGGAGGCCACCGCCGGCCGGCGGGCCGUGAUUAUACUCAACGAUGACCGCGAGGCGGGCAGGAGCAACAACGAGUUCAUUUUCGGCGACUUCAACGAGGAUGAGCUGAAGCUCUUCGACGACAACCUGGAGGACGAGGAGCAGGAGCAGGCCCAGUCCCAAGCCACGCAGGCGACGAACAAGGAGCAGCAGACAGAGGCGGAAGACGAGAGCGAAGAACCGCACCAGGAACUCGAUAAGGAGACGAAAGUCCUGGAUAGGCGACAAGCUGCAGAAAAGAGACAAGAGCAACCGCAGGAUGUGAGCUCAAGCAGCGAUCAGCAGCUCAAUGAUUCUGGGGCCGCUUCGGAUGCAGUGAACAGCUCGGCCAGCCUGGACAUGCUAUCGAUUUCCGCUGAAGCGGCACAGUCGUCGCCGUCAAAUGCCGGGGCAACUGCCUCCUCGUCGAGCGCCGCCAGUCUCAUCAACUCGUCCACGCCCUCGGGCUCCUCGUCCGACUCGGCGAGCACCUCCACCUCGUCGUCCUCGGUGUCGAUAUCGUCCUCUUCGGGCGGCAACAGCAACAGCAAUGCCGCCGCCUGCCUGGCCGGGAUGCUCGGCGGAGUGGCCAAUCAGUCGGGCGAUAGCGGCAUUUAUGCCGCCGCGAAUACGUCCAUCAAGGAGCAGGUCAACAACUUCCUAAGCAAGGCCAGCAGCAGCGAGGAGACGCUGCCCAGUGCCACAUCCAUUUCGAUGCAGCAGCUGGAGACGUGCAACGACAUCGAGGCGGCCAUCAUAGCCGCCGCUCGUGCCGCCGCCGCUGCCCGGAGCACCAGCUGCAGUCGCAGCAAUUCGCAGGAGCAGGAGCCGAUGGAGGCGCAGAUCAAGACCAAGUCUAAUACCAAUCCCAAUCCCAAUUCGGAGGCGAAAGUCGCACUGCCCGUGUUCCUUAACUACAACGACGACGACGUCGAGGACGACGAGAGUCUGCAGGAGCUGAGCUUCAUGGCUGACCUCAAGGCGGAUGCAGCCACGACGACCUCCGCGGAGGAGGUUGCCCAGCUGCCGCAGCCGCCGUUGCGUCCGGCGAUGAUGACCAACACGGAACUGAUCGUCGACUAUAUCGCAAACACCUGGAAUGCCAUUGCCAAUAGCAAGUAUGUAACCUACUAUAACGAGCAGGAGCAGGAGACCUAGAAAACACCCAGCUUAGCAGUCGCUGUCGAGUCAGUGAGAUCUCCAGCAGCAUAAACUUUUUUACCGGCGACAACAGCAGCAGCACCAGUCAGUCCACCAAUCGGUAGCCACGUCGUCAACAUCGGCAGCAGUUCAACAAGAGCGUCCAAGAUCGGCUGGAGGCAGAAGAGCAGCUUAGUUCGACUUGCAUGUUCUGAUGUUUAUACUUUUUUUUUCUGUUUACUCUGUGCUGGGUUAUCGUUUAUUCAUCCAAUGGUAUCGUGCAUACACUAUAAAUAAUUGCUAUAACAAUACGCUUUUAUGCUAAUUAAAUUAAAGAAUGUAAGGGAUCGAUGGAAUACCAGCUAUCGAUCAAAGUUUGCAAGUCGAGCGCGGCAGCGGAAGAUUAGGGUAGAGCUCAAACUCAACGGAGACAGAACCCGAUCCCUUGAGAUCAGGAUGGUCGAGGUGUCAGGAGUGCGUGUGUGUUUCAAGUGUAAAUGCGAGCGAGUGCCUGGAGUAUAGGAGUAUAGGAUCUAUUUGGAUUUAGGUCGAGAUUGUAGAGGCGUGGUCCGCGUCCAACAUGCCUAACGGGUAGGCGCCAUCGCCAGGAGGGGAUCACGUGACCCUAUCGCGUUCGUACAGCUGUGAAUAAGAUGGAAAUCAUAACUAAGGAAGUGAAAGUGAACUUACGAGAGCAAGUAAUCUGGUUAAGAGGACAAAGUUUAAGUAGAUAUUUAUUUAAAGUUAGUUGAAGCGAUUUAACCGUUUUUUCGCCAAGAGAUGCGAUGCAUAGUGAUGUUUAAUCAAGCAUUUUGAUCUGCUUUUGUUAAUUUACAACCUUCUGGCUUCAUAAAACGCAACGUUUUAUUAAUACUAUUACUAUUACUAUUACUAUUACCAUUACUAUUACUCUACUUUAAUUAAUACUACUUUUAAGCGCAACCGUUUUUUUGUCCUUGUUUCAAACGCCCCAGAAUUCGUGGGGACGCGUUAUUGCAAAAGCAUAAAAUAUAACUAAAACUAAUCCUAGUUUUUAGACAGGGCCAACGUCGUGUACAUAUGAGACCAGAAGUUAAGGAGGCAGCUCGACAAUUGAGUUUAUGUGUUAGGAAGAGGGAAGCCCCACAAGAAAUAUUUAAUAUGUGUGUGUAUGAUAACGACUAUUUAAAGUAAACUACUUGAGGCCCGCUCCUUAGCUCCGGCUAGCCAUAAAAAGCCUCAUGAGGAAGGUAUGUUAAACCGAACCGAAUAACCAGCAAAAUCACUAAAAACUAUUAUGCACUUACGAAAAAAGCCGCCGUUUAGCUGGGAGAGCCUCAGAAGGUCUCUCCGAGGGUAAAAGUAAAAGAAACAUAGAUAUCGUAACCAUUGAAACAAAAAACCUUAAAAAACAAAAAAAAGUAGAGGAUGAAAAGAUUUGUAGACGGAGAAACAAAGUAAAAGUUAAGUGAACUCGUAGUGUAAAAGCGCAACUAAAUUGCUAUAUUAAGGGAAACACAUUAUAUACGCGCAGCUAUUAAAGUAAUUUUUUUUUGAUAAUGCAAACCGUUAACCGUUUAAAAUCGAUUAGAUAAGAGCAGGAAACAGUUUAGCCUAAAAAAGUGUCAGAAAACUAAAGAGAAACAAUACAGAAAUGAAAUUAUCUAAACGCGAAACAAGAAAUACAUAUUUAAAGCUAAUUAUUAAAGAACCCGAUCUGGAAUGCCUAUUCAUUAAGUUCAAAUCAACAGAAGAAACACUGCGAAAUGUUUUCAAAUAUAUGUGAAACUGUUUUGCUUUAAUUGGAAUUUAAUGUGCUGUAUAUUUUGAGAAUAAACGUUAAGCAAAAUGCCGAUAAAAAGUGAA